AGAACUCUUAAAAAAACGAGUUGCAAUUCAUUUUUAAAAUUUUUUUUUAAAAUCAAAUCAAUAAACACAGAAAUCUAUAAAAAAAAUUGGAAACCUAAUAUCGUUUAUUUGUAUCAAUUUUAUAGGCGUGAAGAAGUUUUACCUAGUUUAUCACCUUUUUGCCUCAAAGUUGAGACAUGGUUACGAGCUAAUCAAAUUCAAUACGAGAGCAUUAAUUGCUUAUUCACUCGUUCAAAUAAAGGUUUAUUGCCAUUCAUCGAACUUAACGGUGAGCAUAUUGCUGAUUCGCAACUUAUCAUACAACAUCUACAAAAAUAUUUCAAAAUUGAAGCUCGUAAGCGUUUAUACCAACAUGGAAUUGGCCGACAUAGCCGUGACGAUAUUAUUUCGAUAUUGCAUAACGAUAUUAGGGCUGUUGAUUUGAUACUUGGCGAUAAAAAAUUCCUCUUUGGUGAUAAACCAACAACGGCUGAUUUCACAGUUUUUGCACAUCUUGCGACAACAUAUUUUCUCCCAUAUCGACAACCUAUAACUGAUUUACUGGAUGAAAAAUUUCCUCGAACAAAAGCUUUAAUAGUGCGAAUGCGUGCGCAUUAUUUUCCCGAAUGGAAAUAUCCCACUUGA